UGAUUGUGGUCUGUAGCUAUUCUGACAUUUGGAUAAGAUCUCAAAACUAUGUGAAAAUGUGAAGGGUGGCCAAAACUGCCAUGUGUAUGGUUGGAGGCAUUUGCAAGUGCAAAAUUUCACAUCACAUCUAGAACAGUAGAUUUCAAUUUUAUGCAUUUGGUGUGUGAAAUGGAUUUCUGGUGGGAAUAAUUGUUGCCUGUAUGUCAUUGAAUUACCAUCUCUUGAUAGUUCCAUUACAUCAGGAACUGUACAGGAAAUGAUAUUGCUAUUCUUCUUUUCUUGAUGAUCUUUCAAAAGUUAUUUUUUACUCAACUAAGGGGAAAAAAACAGUGCAUGAAGUGAUAAAAUGAUUCUCUAAAGCUUCAAGGAAACGAUUUCUGUGGAAUGUCCCUUUUCAUGUCGCUUUCAUUAGUUUCUAUUUUAUUGCAUCUCAGGCACAUGUUAGAAGAAAGAGUAGUUAGAAAACAGAAAAGAGAGAGAGAGAGAGAGGGAGAGAGAGAACUGGUUGAUUGUGGUGCUGGAGUUUAUAAACUUCAACCUAGGAUGUGAUCACAAAAAAAGUGUCUGAUUUUGGUGAAGUCUGGUUAUUCCCUGGUUGCCACUUAUGUUUCAACCUAGUGAGUUGGUGGGAGUAGCUUCUGCUUUCAAUCUACUUGCAAAAUGUGUAAGAUCCAAGCGAUGAUGCUUGGGUUGUAGUUUUGGGUUUGAGAGUUUGUCAAAUUUGAUGCUAUUAGGGAGAUAGAGGAGGGAGCUAACAAAUCUCAUGGCUGGGAUCAGGUCGAAGAGGUGGUGUUUUAUAUUGCUGGGAGCGAUUUUGAGUAGUUUUCUUCUUGUAGCUUCAAUAUGUGUUCCAGCAGAGACAAGAUUGAAACAAAAAGGUUCAAGUUAUAAGACUGAAGAUGUUGAGUUCCACCAUGUAAUGCGAGCUUUGAAUUUCUUUUACCAAAAGGGUCGAGUGGGUUAUAAACAUGUUUGGCCGGAAAUGAGAUUUGGCUGGAAAAUUGUGCUUGGUAGCAUAAUUGGAUUCUUUGGUGCAGCAUGUGGCAGUGUGGGGGGUGUUGGUGGGGGUGGCAUUUUUGUUCCUAUGCUUACCCUGAUCAUUGGGUUUGAUGCCAAAUCAUCAACAGCUCUAUCAAAAUGUAUGAUCACAGGUGCAGCAGCUGCAACAGUUUACUACAAUUUAAAGUUAAGGCAUCCUACACUUGAGCUGCCUAUCAUUGACUAUGACCUGGCACUUCUAUUUCAACCAAUGCUGGUUCUGGGAAUUAGCUUGGGAGUUGCUCUCAACGUCAUUUUUGCUGACUGGACAAUCACAAUUUUGCUAAUCAUUCUCUUCAUAGUCACAUCAUCCAAGGCAUUCUUCAAGGGUGUUGAAACAUGGAAAAAAGAAACCAAAUUGAAAAAGGAGGCUACUAGACACUUGGAAUUUGUUGAAGACACAACUGAAGAGGUGGAGGACAAAACUCCUCCUGGAGGCCCAAUCAGUGCUGUUCGAGCAGAACCCAAUCAGUCAAAAAAAGAGAAGGUCUCUAUUGUCGAGAAUGUUUACUGGAAAGAACUUGGACUUCUUGUUGCUGUGUGGCUGAUAAUUCUUAGUUUGCAGAUUGGCAAGAAUUACUCGACAACCUGUUCGGUAAAAUAUUGGGUGUUAAAUAUAUUGCAGAUCCCUGUAGCUGUUGGGGUAACUGCAUACGAGGCAGUUAGCCUGUACAAAGGGCGGAGAAAGAUUGCAUCCAUGGGAGAGGCGAGCACAAACUGGCGAGUUCGCCAACUUGUUCUCUAUUGUGCCAUUGGUGUGUUGGCUGGAAUAGUUGGUGGGAUGCUUGGACUCGGUGGAGGAUUCAUUUUAGGUCCUCUCUUUCUGGAGAUGGGAGUCCCCCCUCAGGUGUCAAGUGCCACAGCCACAUUUGCUAUGACUUUCUCUGCUUCCAUGUCUGUCAUAGAGUAUUACCUUCUAAAGCGUUUCCCAGUUCCUUAUGCUCUCUACUUCUUUGCUGUGGCUAUUGUUGCUGCCUUUGUAGGGCAGCAUGUGGUAAGAAAGUUGAUUAGUAUAUUAGGGAGAGCAUCCCUAAUAAUCUUCAUUCUGGCCUUCACGAUCUUUGUGAGUGCUCUAUUACUAGGUGGGGUUGGCAUAGCACGCAUGAUCAAAAAGAUUGAGAGGAAGGAGUACAUGGGGUUUGAAAACAUUUGCUCAUAUGGAGCUUAGUAUCUAGCCUAUUUUCUUUAUCCAAAAAUCCAUGACAUAUCCUCUUCUUCCUUGAUUUUAAUAUCUUCUCUUCUGUAGUAUCAGCUGUUAGAUUCCCAAUAGGAUUAGUUAUUUGCCAUGCUCUCAGUGUCUUUAAAUUUAAAACUUUGUGCGUCACAUCACCUAAAAACCAUAAGCUCAGUUGACAUAACCAAGCUUGAUUCCAAUCUUGCUUCCUCUAUCCACCUUGUUUAAUGUAAUUCUCCCCAUUUGAGAAUCCAACCUUUGUGGCAAGAGGCUUGUAAAGCUGCAAGCAACCAUCAAAUCAGUUGGAAACAAGGUCUUCUGAUGAGGUACUAGUUGACUGAUUUGUGUCUCUGUUCUUGACCCAGCCGAUACUGAUACAGGGUGGGAGGUGGAAGCAAAGAUUUCAAUGUCUGAUUGAUUUUGAAGACUAGCUUUUAUUAGUGCUAAAAACAAUUCAUGUUUGUGUUUUUUGCUGAAACUUCUGCAGCAAGAACUGUUGUAUGCUUAAUGCCACAGUUACUAUCAAGCAUUUAUCAUUUUAGUCC